GAAAAUAUAAGUGUCUGACUUUUACGUAAGGUUCGGAAAGGCAGCAUUAGCCCUCUGCUGGAGACACGCAUUUAAACGUUUUGUAACAAACCAUGGCUGCUCCGUUGGUGAGGAUUUUCUCGAAGUCUUUCAGACAGAUCUCUCGACCAUGGGGGUCUUGCCAGGCUGCAUGGAGGUACAGUUCCAGCAGAGCUGCCCCAGAUGUGGCUUCAGACCAGGCAACUACCUCCUCCUUCCCUCCCCUUCAGACUUACUCAGAGGAAGAGAGCAUGAUGAGAGACGCAGUGAAAAAAUAUGCACAAGAGCGUAUCGCUCCAUUUGUGUCAAAGAUGGAUGAAAAUUCUGAGAUGGAUGAGGAAGUCAUAAAAUCCCUCUUUGAACAGGGUCUCAUGGGUAUUGAAAUUGAUCCAGAAUAUGGUGGCACUGGCUCCACAUUCUUCUCCUCCAUCCUGGUCAUUGAAGAGCUGGCAAAGGUGGAUCCGUCUGUGGCUGUGGUCUGUGACAUCCAGAACACACUGAUCAACACACUGUUUGCCCAGCUUGGUACCCCAGCUCAGAAAGAACAGUACCUGAGCCGACUGUCAACCGACAUGGUUGGAAGCUUCUGCCUCUCUGAAGCAGAGUCGGGGAGUGACGCUUUUGCUCUGAAGACACGAGCUGAAAAACACAAGGACUAUUACAUAAUCAAUGGAUCCAAGAUGUGGAUCAGUAACGCAGAGCAUGCAGGUGUUUUUCUGGUGAUGGCCAAUGUGGAUCCUUCUUCUGGAUACAGAGGAAUUACCUGCUUCAUUGUGGACCGGGACACUGAAGGGCUCGAGAUUUGCAAGAAGGAGAACAAGCUCGGCCUGCGUGCGUCCUCUACCUGCCCGCUCAACUUUGACAAUGUCAAGGUACCAGAAAAGAAUAUUUUAGGAAAGAUCAGCCACGGGUACAAGUAUGCUAUAGGAAUGUUGAAUGAGGGCAGGAUUGGAAUUGCAGCACAGAUGGUUGGACUUGCACAGGGUUGCUUUGACCACACUGUUCCUUACACCAGACAGAGGGUGCAGUUUGGAAAACGUAUCUUUGACUUCCAGGGCAUGCAGCACCAAAUAGCUCAUGUAGCAACACAGAUUGAAGCCGCCCGACUGCUGACGUACAACGCUGCUCGUCUGAAGGAAGCUGGGAGACCUUUCAUUAAGGAGGCCUGCAUGGCAAAAUACUUCACUUCAGAGAUUGCAACUCUAACUACAUCUAAAUGCAUCGAAUGGAUGGGAGGAGUUGGCUUCACUAAAGACUACCCUAUAGAGAAGUACUACAGAGACUGUAAAAUUGGCACCAUUUAUGAGGGCACAACAAAUGUCCAGCUUUCCACUAUGGCCAAGUUCAUUGAUAAGGAGUAUGACUACUGAAACCAUCUAACCACAGACUGAUACGCUGCACUUUGCUUUGUCCCACUCCAUAUUUUUUCCCUCGAAAGACUUUAGUGGAUUCAAUCCAGCAGCAUCAGGUUGCUGCAUGUUACUAGAGUUUGGUAGGAACUUGUGUUCUUGUUAAGUAGUUCGUGUUACUGAUGUUGUGGUUGCAUUACCCUUUCUUUUGGGUUAAAGUUGCUCUGGUUGUAAUUAUAUAGAUUUCCUUUAUAUUCCAUUUUCUUUCCACCACUUGUUUAAAAAGCAAGUGCUAAGACGGUACCUUUUCCACCCGUCUCCCUGAUUUGUCGUCUUCUUAUUGAGACGUGGUGAUGAACUAUGUAACAUAUCUGAUCCAUAGGGGAUGAUCCAUUGGGGAUGAUUUAGUGCCUUCUAUUACUGAGAUCAGUAAUUUUCAAGUGUAUUUUCUUUGCUGGAUGCUCUAAAUAACAGGUGGAAUGUUAGAGUUCACGCCACACAUACUGUACAGCGAGUGAUUUCACAUCAUGAAAUGUCUGUAAAGAAUCAUCAUUUAUUAACUCGUCAGUAUUAAAUGUGAAAUAUA